AUGGCGAACAAGUUUGGAUCAGGUUCUUUAUCUUUAGAAACUAAAAAACCUAAUAUUACAACAUGGAUAAAUAAAGCGAAACCUUACUUCGUGGAUCAAAUCGGAGACACUCUGCAAGGUGAUUUAGAUAUAAACAAUUUUACCAUGACUAAUUUAAAGUCUCCGGAAAACGAUAAUGACGCCGUUCACAAGAAAUAUUUACGGAAACAAAUAAAUUCAAUUGAAGUAAAUAAAAACCAUUUCGAAGAUAAAAUAAGUAAUGUGAAAAGAUUCUUCAAACGUCAACUAAAUAAUAAAAAUUUUGUCAAUGAUACUAAAUUACAACAAGCGGUAAAAGGUUUAAUAAGUUUUAUUCAAAAAGAAUUGGUCAACGUAGCGAAUAAAACUGAGUUACAAAAUUUAAUUUCAUUAAUAUCUAAAUUAGAGGAUAAGAUUGCAAAACAAAAAUUAGACAUUCAACAAUUAAUAGAUAACAUUCCAGAUGAAAAUGAAGAUACAUUUCAACAGGAAUUAAAUGCUCUGGAAACUAAACUUAACAAUGAAUUACAAAAAGAACUAACAAAAAAUGCUUAUACUACUGUUAAUAUUGAUAAAUCAAGAGAUUAUGAAUAUAAAAAAUAUGGAUUUACAGCAAAUAUUAGAGAAUAUAAACCAACUUCUUCUAAUGAUUUUCCCUAUGGAAUGUUUGAUGGUAAACUUCCAACAUUUUUUCUUUUCAAUGGAAAACUUCAAAUUGAAAUUAAUUUUCCCAUUCAGGAUUUUAAAAUUAAAUGUCAAAUUGAAAUAAAUGGUCAAAUAAUUCAAAAAGAAAAACACAAACAAGACAUGAGAUUAUCUGGAUUCACUGCUCAAACUUUCCAGAGUGUUUAUUCAAUGAUGGAUAAAAAAUCUGAUGCUUCUGAUUGGUAUUUCUCUGGAGAGAUUAUUUUACGGAAAAAUAAUUUUAAAAUAGUAAAAAGAUCUAAAACUGGCAGAGGUGGAAAUCUACUUAAAAAGAUAAAUGAGUACGCAGGAGAAAAUUGUUACAUACCAAGCGAUUGUUAUUGUUUUAUAAAGUGCGUAAAUCACUUCAUGAAUAAAGACUUAACAAAGGAAUUUCAAGAUUUCGUCAAUAGUUUUCAAAAAUCAAACAGAAAAGAAGUUAUGACAACUGCUAGAAUCUCUCAAUUCAAUAAGGAAUUUAAUACUAAUUUUCGAAUCUAUAACCCUAAUGACAGACAUUUUCAACCAAAGAAAGUAUCCGAGGAAUUAGAUUGGGUUUUUUACUUACACAAAGAACAUUUCUGUUUGAUAAGAAGAAAUAACAAAGCUUUGGGCAUUAAAGAAAUAGAAGAUAAUUACGAUGAAAACGUAUGGAGAACCUGCGAAGAUGAUGAUGCACUAACAUGUUUUGCUCAGUUAAAACUAAACGUUUUUCAACCAUUCCCGAUCAUUGUUUAUACGCGUGGGAUUGCGAAACCUAUUGCGAAAAAGAAACGAAUAAAGCUAUUCCUUAUUGUUGUACUUUAA